ACAUUUUUCAAAUUCGAAAGUCACAUUGAAAUUGAAAGACAAAAUUGGUAGUGAAGCAUUUCAACAGGAUGCCAGUACAGGAAAUUUUUUCUGUUAUGGACAACAUUUACCAUGGAUUGCGCCGCUGCUUCGGACCCGAAAAUCAGAUCGAACACCAGAAGUAUCCAGCUUACAAUGCGUUGAAAAAACUUGGUAAACGACGUCGCAGAGUAUUUAAAAGUAUUCUCGGUUCGAAACAUAUGCGUAGGAAUCAUUUUUCCACCAGCGAAGAAAGCGUCCAAAAUGUGAGUGCCUCAGAACUCAAGGAGUAUUUCGCCAGGCCAAGGUUUCCAGCUCCCAAGACGGUGAGCCAUGAGCCCGACAUAAGCCCUUCGAGUGACCUGAUACAUCGUCGGCGACUCCAAAACCGCCCGCUGAUGUUGAAUGCCUGGCAGGUUCUUCAAGUUCAGUGGGGCGGUUGGUGGCAGAGGUGCUGGCCCGCUCUAGUGGCAGCCAGUAUGCAGAUGAGCUGCGGAUCAUCGGUCCUUUGCCAUUCGCUGUUGGGGUUCUACGAUGACGAGGAAUCAAGUCCACCAAUCGUGGUGCUCACAUAUUACUUUGGCCAGGCGAUUAAGAAGCUUUGCAAGCACGCUAACUUGGCCAUUUGUAGCCAUGGCUAUAGUCCCAAUUAUGUGACCACAUCGGCUGCCAUGGAGCUGAUUGACAUUCGCGAAUUUUUUCAACAUAUUAACAAUGCCCUGGUAGACUUCCUGCUCAGAGCCGCCGAAUCCGGGAUGUAUAUGGGCGAGCAAAUGGAUUACAAUAACUGAGAAAUCCUCCAAAAAAAGGUAUGCGUAAAUAAGCAACAUAAGCUUUAAAAAGACAGGUAACCAGCAUCUAUGAAGGUCUUAUACACUGAAACGAAUAUUUUCAAUAAAUAACUGUUAGGACUAACA